AUGGAAUUCUUAGAAGGUGCAUUUCAGAAGAAGAAGGACGAGAAGUCCUAUGGAAUUGCCAUGGCUCUUGCUAUGGGGGUCACUUCGGAGGAGAAAGGACUGCAGCCAAGGAUAGCCUUCAAAACACCAAUAGGAAUGUCCCCAUAUCAACUGGUAUAUGGAAAAGCAUGUCAUUUACCUCUGGAGUUGGAGCACAAAGCCUUUUGGGCUCUCAAACUGCUGAACCUUGAUAACAUUGCUGCUGGUGAGAAAAGAAUUCUGCAGUUGCAAGAACUGGAGGAAUUUAGGUCUCAAGCCUAUGAAAACACCAAGAUCUAUAAGGAAAAAGCAAAGAGGAGGCAUGACCUCAAACUGGCUCCAAGGAGCUUCGAAGAAGGGCAACAAGUACUCCUCUAUAACUCCAAACUGAAGCUAUUCCCUGGAAAACUCAAAUCAAGGUGGUUAGGACCCUUUCUUGUCACAAAAGUCUCACCUUAUGGACACAUAGAGAUCAUGGAGGAAGAUUCAAAGAGGACGUUCACGGUGAAUGGACAAAGACUUAAACACUACCUAGGCAACAUAGGGGAGGGCCCCAAACUGAAGUACCAUCUUAACUAA